AUGGCCAUGCUAUUUCUGGGCAAUACGCCUGUCGUACAAGUGGGUGACUCGGAGCUCAUCAAACAGAUUCUCGUGAAGGACUUCUAUAAGUUUGUCAACCGGACGCCUGUGUCUAACGCUAAGCACCCGAUACUAUGCGCGUCCGUGGGAUCGGCCAAUGGGGACGAGUGGCGACGCCUCCGAUCGAUAGUCAGCCCGACGUUCACGUCGGCAAAGAUGAAGCGAUUGUAUCCAUUGGUGGGACAGUCGGUGAACGCCUUAAUUGAUGUUAUGGACACUUACGCCAAACGCGGGAAUGGCGUAGAAGUUCGUCAAAUGUACGGCUCGUAUAUUAUGGAUGUGAUCGCCAACUGCGCCUACGGUAUCAAAAUCAACGCCUUUAAGGACCCCAACGAUCCGUUUGUAAUGAACGCCAAACUUGUAAUAAAUCAGUCGUUUGUGAAGUUGUUUUGCAAUCUAUUGUUACGGGAGUUUGUGUUGAAUGUACUGAAUCUCCUUUCGAUGAAACUUCUAUUCAAUUCUUCGGAGGACUAUAAUGUGGACGAGAAUGACAUCCUUGAGUCACAUCACGUGACUGAAGGAGGGGAUGAGUUGGCGGUCGACAAGAAUAUUCUGGACAGAAAUCACGCGAAUAAAAAGUUAACUGAGAAUGAGAUCAUAGCCCAGGCGUUCAACUUCUUUUUGGCCGGAUAUGAGACCACACGUAGUAUCCUAUCGUUCUGUACGUAUAAGUUGGCACUCAAUCCCAGGGCUCAGCACAAACUGUACGAAGAGGUGGUCUCUGCGGUCGACUCCGACGGACAGAUUGAAUACGAAGUGUUGGUGAGACUUCCCAAAUUGGACGCCAUCUUAUCCGAGACACUGAGACUCUACUCGUCGGGGACUGUCAUCAAGAGAAAGGCGUCCGAAGAGAUCAAAUUAGGCGACACCGGGAUUACACUAGAAAAGGGAAUGGCAUUGAAUAUCACGGCUUACGCAAUGUACCACUCGGACGAGUAUUUCCCGAACGCAGAGGCCUUCAUUCCCGAGAGGUUUUUGCCCGAAAAUAGGCACCAAAUCCUGCCCUACACUUACCUACCCUUCGGCAAUUGCGUCAGUAUGCGGUUUGCGUUAUUGUUACCGAAGUUAGUGUUGGCUCACGUUAUCCGUCGAUUCCGGUUUGUGUGGACUUCCCAAACGGAUGUACCGCUGGUUCUCAACAAAUUCAUUCGCCUAAAGUCACCCAAAUCUAUGAUCGUUGGCAUUGAAUCCAGGGAUUAA